AUGCCUUCGAUAUUCUCCAAGAAGUCGAAUCGCUCGCACCCGUCCGCCGACACGACUCCCGGCCAGCUGUCGCCGAAUCCGUCUGUAAACAACGACGGCGCGCAGCGAUACCAGCCCGUAGAGAGCCAGCAGAGCGUUCCACAGGGCCAGCGUCAUUCGCAGCAGCUGCCCCAGGGCGUGUCCCAGGCGCAGUACCAGCAGCCGUUCCCCACGCGCACCACCAGCGUCAACCGCCUGAGUGCGCAUCUCGACCAGGCCGCCCAGAGCUACCAGCAGCAGCAGCAGCAGCAGCAGCAGCAGCAGCCAGGCCCCCCUCAGCUGUCGCCGGCGCUCGACCAGACCCGCCAGAGCGCCUACCAGCCUCAAUCACCCCCGCCCGUGGUCCAGGAGCAGAAGAAGUCGUUGCGCAGCCGCAUCGCCGCCGGACUGUCAGGCCACAACAAGGACGACGACGCUUCGAAACAGGCCGGCAAGAACGGAGUCGGACGCCGCCAGUCUGUCCGGAAGAGUGACCCCAGGCUUGCAGAGCAGCAGGCCCAGGAGAACCAGCGUCUCCAGGCGCAACAGCACUGGCACCAGGGCUCCAGCUCGCAUCUGCUCUCCUCCACCGAGCAGGACGAGGACAACCUCGACCCGUUCCUGCAGCAGGACGACCACCCGGAAGUACCGCCCAAGGACUAUCCGCAGCACUUGCAACACCCGCAACAGCAGCAGCAGUUCGUCGCCAACCCUCAGCAGCAACAGUAUCGGCCCCCACUCGACAGGGUGAGCACUGAGGGGAGCUAUCGCACCCAAGGCGGGGUAUCGCAAUACAGCCCCGACCACCACCAGGGACAAGGAUUGCAGCCACAACAACAGCCAGGCCAGCAGCAGCAGCAACAACAGUACCAGAGCUACCAGCCCGCCGUGCAGACGUCUCAGAAUCCCAACGAAUAUCAGGCCUUCAACCCCCAAAACUCGCCAAGCCCGCUACUGGUGAACGCCCAGGCGCAUGGUCAAGCUUCCAACAGUGCACCACAACAGCAGCAGGUCUACUAUCAGCAGCAGGAGCAGAGUCCUCAGCAAGCGCAGGGACACUCGCCGCAGGACCAUCCUCAGCAGGGUGCACACUACCAGCAGCAACAUUUCGCGCCGCCGUCUCAGCCUCAGCCGCACCCCACCCAGGAACUGCAACACCAAAUCGGCCGAACAUCAGCCCAGCAGCCUCCUGAGCUGCAGCACCCUCAGGCUAUCCGUGCCCCUCUUCAGCUCGUACAGAACCAGCAGAUUGACGCGCAGCAGUCACAGCAGCUUCGACCCCCCUCCUCGCACCAGCUUGGUCCUCCGUCACCUCUCCAGAAUCCGCCUUACACCCCAUACGACGCCCAGUCAGGACAACAGCAUACGACGCACUCGUCUGAUCCUUCGCUAGCGAACACGACGCCCCCACGAAAGUCGCAGGACAGCAUGCCGCCGAGCGCGAACAGCGGCAGGAACACGCUGCGGAAGGUCGUCGAUGGCCAACAGCCGGGACCACCGUCUCGCGAAGCUUCUCUCCUGCAACAACCCUCAGGUCAAGGUCAGCCUCUUGGACAACCGGCUGUAUCGCCGGGACUAGCAAUAUUCGACGCUAACGUCGUUCCAACAGCUUCGCAAGGUCAGCCUUAUCGCGGCGAAAAGGGACAAGCACAACAGGGAGGAGAGAUGGGCCGGGCGACACCUCCGCCGCGGCCGUCAGUGGCAGACAUGUCGGAGGAGGAGUUUGAGAAGAUCAUGAAGGAACAUGAGGUGUUGCGUGAGUACAUCAUAAACAAGUUGAUUGAAGUAAAUCUGACAUUCCCAGGUGAAAAAUACCAAAAGGUAAAGCGAUACUUUUUUGAACAACAGACACAAGUGCACCAGCUCCAGAAUACUCUUGCAAACCAGCGCCUAUCACUAUCGCGGACAUCAUGGGACGACAGCGAAUACGGGACCCGUUUCAACCGGCUGGACGGACUGAUAGCGCAGCUGUCGUUUUCAGUCCGCAAAGACUGGAAGGCGAUACCACAGUUUCUGCACCCCGUUGUGAACAAGACAGCAGUAGAGACUGGCAAACAAGAAAUGACUGCGGUUGGCCGUGCCUUCAUCUCAAAUUGGCUGGUAGAAAAUAUUUUCGAAAAGUAUUUCCAUCCCGAUCUGGAACCUGGGUUUUCGACGCAGCUGCAGAUGAUUGUCUCAAAUAUACGGAAGUUCUCGCCGCCUUCCCACAGCCCAGAGGAUGAAGACUCGCUUGCGGCGAAGAUCAUCAAUUGGCGGUUGGCGACAUUAGAGGGUCUCGCAGAAACACUCAGAGCACCUCAGGCUGCGAAGUACCGCCAGGAGCUAAUUGACACACUGAACGAGAAGCUCAUUGCAUCGCUCCAGAUGCACAUGAACGACCCUGCGCCGGCAGACCUCAACGGCGGCGUACCCAUGAUUAUCGAAUUAGCUAUUAGCGUCGCACAGCAUCUGCCAUUGGAGAGCAGAGAGGUGCACAUUGAGUACUUCCCGCCCGGACACGGCAUCGUGCCUGAAUUCAUGAAGCUGGAAAGCGGCAUUCCAGCUCUGACUGCACCGAUAUUAGAAGUCGACGAGGCGGACCGAGCCUCCGUCAGGAGCAACGCUCGAUCAGAUAUCGACAACGCCUCCAUCGCCGAGCAAGAACAGUUGGCAGCUCAGGCUGCGCCCAAAGAAGAGAAGAAGCGUGGCGUGUUUGGCUUUGGCGGAGGAUCGAAGAAGCCCACGACGGCGCCUGCAUCACUGGGCAAGCGCGAGUCUACGCUCGGUGCCGGUGGUAGCCAGCAAAGCCUGACGCCAAAUCCACCUGGCAGCUCGCAUGGGCCUAAAGACGAAGUUCCAGCUCAGCGCGUGCGCAUGGCAGUUGGUUUCGCAGUGCAAAUUCGCGGUAAGAGCAUUUUGAUGAAGGCGCCCGUGUACAGCACCUAAGCGUGUUAACGACACUUGAUGAAUUGGAUAUGAGCGAUUUACGAGCGAGCGAUGGUUAAACGAUCCUGGUCUACAGCUUCUGGAUAUACCACCUGGAUACAGGCUGCGGUUUAGGAAGCCUUGAAAAUGUGUAUACCCCUUGGGGUUUUGAGAGUGAAGCGUUUGUUGUGCAUACCGAUACCCUCGCUGUUUCUACGGUUAGAUAAUGAAAUUCAAUUCUUGGAUGAUCCU